AUGGCCGGCGCGGCCUUCAUCGGGAGCCGCGAGGGCCACGACAUCCCAAGCACCAUGCUGCUCGACCUCUUCGGCUCCGUCAGCCCCAGCCGCAGCGCCGCCACCGCCACGUCCAAGACGAGCGCCGGCCUGCCCAUCGCGGUGACCCUCUGCGCCCUCCGCCCGCCAGUCCUCUCGUACCUCUCCGUCGACUGCGCCGCGUGCCCGGAACCCGAGCCCCUGUCCCUGGCGCCCAAGGUCAUCGCCGCGGACGCCGACCUCGUCCUCCUCCGCGUCCCCGUCGACCGGUCGGCCAGGUUCAGCAUCAGGUUCUGCGACUACUUCGUCUACACGGCGCACCCCCGACGCCCAAGACUGGACCUGCUCCCGACGUCCGCUCCCCAUCGCUUUGAAUUCCAAGACCCGGAGAUGGCCAUACUGAGCUGCGGCGACGGCGACGGCGGCGGCGGUUACGCCGUAGCCGCCCUCCAGACCCUCGGCAAGUUCACCUUCACGCUCUACCUGUACCGCUCCGGGCCCGACGGCGAGCAGGGGGCUUGGACCUCCAAGGUGGUGGAGGUGGAGGAGCCGCUGAGGGAUAAGGUGUGCCCGACGACCCUUCCCUCGUCGCCGGGGCUCUUCCACCACCGGACAAACAACGUGAUCACGCUCGGCGGCGCGAAGGGCACGGUCAUCUGGGUGGAUCUCUGGCGAGGCAUCGUCCUCUGCGACGUGCUCGAGGACAGCCCCAAGCUCCGCGACAUGCCGCUGCCGUUGCCCUCCAAGGGCAACCGGAACGUGCACCUCGACGGCUGCCCCUACUACGCCCGCAGCGUCGUCGUCAACCAGAGCAAGGACACCAUCAAGUACGUCGAGAUGGAGAUCUACCAAGCUAUACCGCUCACUCCCGAGGACAAGGCGCAUCACGAAUGGCUGAGCCAGCAAGAAUGCCCGAUGUACUUCUUGGUCCCUAGCCCCUGGAAGGCCACCACAUGGAGCAUGCCGGUGCCGGUGACCUCAUGGGAGGCCUGGCCUGGCGGCCCCGAUGCUCCGCCCGCUCGGCGGAAAUCGACAUCCCUCCCGACGUCGCGAUGCGUUAUAAGAAGCUGCGCACGGAAGAGGGGGGAACCUUGUCCUCCCUGCGACGCCUCCGCAUGUCUUACCCCACCGUGA